CUUCCACGAGUUCCGGCUUAUCUACAUAUCUGUGUCGGAGCCCGAUCAGAGAAUGCCCAAGUUCACUGCUUUGGGGUAUGCAGAUGACCAGCUCGUCACUCGCUAUGAUAGCAACACAGAGGAGGGAGUGCCUCAAGUCCCCUGGGCAAAAAAGAUGAAGGAGGAUAUUCAUGAGUACUGGGAAAGGUACACCAAGGUCUUGGAGGACAGUGAGCGGUGGUUUGAAAAUUAUCAAAGUAUCAUAAGGCAAUACUACAACCACAGCAAGGGUUUUCAUACCUGGCAGAUGAUGCUUGGCUCUGAGGUGAGUCCGUAUGGGAGCAAAGACCCGUAUUGGACGUUUGGCUAUGAUGGGAGGGACUUUCUCAACCUUGACAAGGAGACUGACACCUGGAUUGCGGCAGAUGCGGUGGCCCAGGCGAUUGAGAGGAUGUGGGAGGCCGACAGCUCCAUGAUCCCACGUUUCAAGUUCUUAGUAGAGGUGGUUUUCAUUGAAUGGCUGAAGAAAUAUGAAGCCUACGCAAAGGAGGCUCUGCUGCGAAAAGAGACCCCAGUAGUCAAGGUAACUAGGAAGCCGAACAAUGAUGGCACGGAAACUCUCAUCUGCCGGGCCUACAGCUUCUAUCCCAAGGAGAUCAACUCUACCUGGAGAAAGGAUGGGGAAGCUUCUGGGCAGGAUACAGUUCGUGGGGGCGUUCUCCCCAACUCAGAUGGAACCUACUACAACUGGCUCAGCAUUAAGAUCAACCCCAAAGACAGGAACCACUAUUGGUGCCAUGUGGAGCAUAUUGGCCUAGAGAAGCCUAUGGACGUGCCCGCAGAAGAACCUGGCUCCCACAUGGGGAUCAUUAUUGGCUGCAUCCUGGGCGGAAUCUUCUUCCUGGCGGCCAUGAGUACUGGGAUCUAUGUGUACAUCACUAAGAAACAAGGGUCUGGCAGCUCCAGUGGGGUAUGA